GCGAGCGGAACCUUCAUGAAGUUUCUCAUCGAAAAUGUGAAGCCAUCGAAAGCCGCGGCCGACUCGACGCGAUCCCACGGCAGCCUGGGUUUACAGCAGGGCGCAGCCAGGCCAGCUCCUGAGGGCGACACCAGUUAGGAGUCCGGGCUUAGACAACGCGAACCCUCGGGAGAGGCAACGGGCAGAGGGAAGGGAAGGGAGAAAAAGGCGCACACACACGCACCAGUGUGGGCAGGGAUAGUGUCUCAUCCACCGGAGGGAGGGAGAGGGACACACACACACACCAGUGUGGGCAGGGAUAGUGUCUCACCCACCAGAGGAGAGGGACACACACACACACACACACCAGUGUGGGAAGGGAUAGUGUCUCACCCAUCAGAGGGAAGGGGGAGGGAGAGGGACACACACACACCAGUUUGGGCAGGGAUAGUGUCUCACCCAUCAGAGGGGUUGGGGGGUGGGGGAGAGGGAGACACACAUCAGAGGGGAGGGAGAGGGACGCGCGCACACAUAUGCAAACCGCUCAGAUUGGACACAGUGUCUCGUCCAAUGGAAGAUCCCUGGGUUAAGGACACACACAUACGCUAGGGUGUGGGGAGAUAAUAUCUCAUCCAUCAGAAGGAGACACACUAAAGGGGAGAGGGAAAGAGCAUUUCACUUAUCAGAGGGAAACACGCACACCAGGUUGGGGCGAAGGAUUGUGCCUCACCCAUUGGAGGGACACAUGCAGUAAGGAUAGUGAAAGAGGGAGACGGCCUCUGUCACAGUAGGACACACAUACAGGAAGGAUUAGAGAAAAACCAAUAUACAGUAACGGGUAGACCGGAUAAAACUGACUGAGCCCAGAGAUAGAGAGAGAGAGGGGAAAGUGCAAGCGAAAGCUCUCAUCCAGAAACAUCAGAGGGAGGGAUAGGAAACAAGUGCUUAGGAACCGAGACAGAGGGUGUGGGAGCUCAGUGGGGUAUUGUGUAAACUAUUCAUUGUAAUCGUCUGCAUUGCAGCAAUUCCUUUGCAAAGGUGUUUGGAGCUGUGAUCUUGUACUUUGGAUCUUGGUGCUUUUGAACUGCCAAUUGUUAGCCUUUCUGUUGUUGCUAAUCAUGGGCCUACCAGCACUGGAGUUCAGCGAUUGUUACCUGGACAGCCCGCAGUUCCGGGAUAAAAUCAAGUCUCACGAAGCAGAGCUGGAAAAAACAAACAAGUUCAUUAAAGCUCUGAUUAAAGAUGGAAAAGCAUUGAUUCAGGCAUUAAAAAAUCUGUCUGUCGCAAAGAGGAAGUUUGCAGAAUCGUUAAAUGAAUUUAAGUUUCAGUGCAUUGGAGAUGCAGAGACAGAUGAUGAGAUCUGCAUAGCAAAAUCACUUCAAGAGUUUGCAGGAGUUCUAAAAAACCUUGAAGAUGAGCGAGGGCGUUUGAUUGAGAAUGCAGCUGAUGUCCUCAUCAGUCCAUUGGAAAGAUUUCGGAAGGAACAAAUUGGAGCUGCAAAAGAGGCAAAGAAGAAAUAUGAUAAGGAAACAGAAAAGUACUGCAAUGUACUGGAAAAACAUUUAAAUCUGUCAUCCAAAAAAAAGGAUUCUCAUCUUCAGGAGGCAGACAGUCAAGUAGAUGUCGUCCGUCAGCGUUUCUACGAAGUGUCACUGGAAUAUGUAUUGAAAGUGCACGAGGUCCAAGAGCGAAAGAUGUUUGAGUUUGUGGAACCAUUGCUUGCAUUCUUACAAGGACUCUUUACAUUUUAUCAUCAUGGUUAUGAAUUGGCAAAAGACUUUGGACAUUUUAAAACCCAGCUUCAGAUCAGCAUUCAGAAUACACGGGACCGGUUUGAAGGUACACGAUCUGAAGUUGAAUCACUAAUGAAGAAAAUGAAGGAGAACCCUCAAGAGCAUCAGAGCAUCAGCCCUUACACAAUGGAAGGCUACCUUUUCAUACAGAAAAAAAGUCCUUUUGGAUCCAGUUGGGUAAAGCACUACUGCACAUAUCAAAAAGAAUCAAAACAAGUCACCAUGGUGCCAUUUGACCAGAAAACUGGAGGAAAGAUAGGGGAUGAAGAAACAUUUAUCCUAAAAUCAUGCAUUAGAAGAAAAACUGACUCCAUUGAGAAGAGAUUUUGUUUUGAUGUAGAAGGAGCAGACAGGGCAACCAUGAUCACCAUGCAAGCACUCUCUGAGGAGGACAGGAGGCUGUGGAUGGAGGCGAUGGAUGGCAGAGAACCAGUGUACAAUUUGAAUAAAGACAAUCCAAUAAGUGAAGGUGCUGCUCAACUGGACAAAGUCGGAUUUGAUUUAGUGAAGAAAUGCAUACAUGCAGUGGAAGAAAGAGGUAUUAAUGAACAGGGCCUAUACCGAAUAGUUGGUGUUAAUUCUCGAGUCCAAAAACUGUUAGGUUUACUAAUGGGAACAGCUGAUGUAGACCUGGAGAGCUCAACUGAAUGGGAGAUAAAAACUAUUACCAGCACGCUUAAACAUUACCUCAGAGUGCUUCCAGCUCCAUUGAUGACAUUCCAGUUGCAACAUAGCUUUAUCAAAGCAGCGAAGUUGGACAAUCCAGAAUCAAGACUCUCUGAGAUACAUAAAUAUGUGCAUCGGCUACCAGAAAAGAACAAGACAAUGCUGGAAAUAACGAUAAAACAUCUGGCAAAGGUAUCCAGUAACCACAAACAAAAUCUGAUGACCGUAGCAAACCUGGGUGUGGUGUUUGGACCAACGCUGUUUAGACCACAGGAGGAGACUGUGGCAGCAAUCAUGGAUAUUAAGUUUCAGAAUAUAGUUGUUGAAAUUUUAAUAGAAAACUAUGAAAAGAUUUUCCAAAUGAAACCAGAAACUGCAACAGUUCAACCAAAUCCAUCAUUGAAUUCUGCACAGAAGAAAAGUUCUGAACCUAAAACUGCCUUGUGCAGCCAGAGACCUUUAAUGUUGUUUCAGACAUUAUCAAAUGAAAAUGAGAAGCAGAACAGCAUUGCAGUCUCCAGUAAUGUAUCUGUGUUCGUUCCAACUGUGAAUGCCUCAUCCAGUUCUAAAACCAAUCGACAAAGUGUGCAUAGUCUGGGAUCUAGUGACACUGAGGUGUGUGCAAUGAAACUGGACCGACCAAAUUCUUUGGCCAUGUGGUCAAGUUAUGCAACUUUGGCAGCGCGAUUCAGAAAAAGGUUAAAUCCCAAACGAAAACCCAGUCUCACUAGUCCCAGCUCACCACUCUCACCCACAUGGCCCAUGGUUUCGGCACCUUCAAGUCCAGUUCCUGUUUCCUCCAGUGAUUCUUCCCCUCUCAGUACCCAAAAUCGCAAAGCUCGAGCCCUGUAUGCAUGUAAAGCCGAACAUGACUCAGAAUUAUCCUUCAGCGCUGGAACCAUCUUUGAGAAUGUUCAUUCAUCUAGGGAACCUGGUUGGCUUGAAGGAACACUGGAUGGGAAGACUGGACUAAUUCCAGAAAAUUAUGUUGAGUUUCUAUAGCCAAAGAUGUGCAAUGUUUGCUGAGAAUUACAUGGUAUCCAUGGCAAUCGAUGAAGAUAUGAACAUUAUUUUGGUUUUUGGCAUUUUAUUCUAUUGCAGAAAUGCAACGAGGACAUUGUGGGAACUGGAGAUUAUUUUCAGCUCAAGCUUUGAAUGUCCUGUAUGGAUAUGAUGUACCAUUAAUUUAUCAAACCAGAGCCUGUAAUUAUUUCAUAAGGAUUUUGUUUUUAAUUCAAAUACUUAAGGUUGUGAAAUUAAGAUUUAUUUUAUCUGUACUAGAUAGUAGAAUGUAUAUAAUGUAGAUAUUCAUUCUACUUCACUGUUGCAAAUAUCCAUAAGAUAUAUGUAGUAUGAUAUGGGGGGGUUUUAAUUUGGAAAGUAUUAUUCUUAAGUUUACCAUUUCUUCCACCUAAAGUAUUGAAUUCACAUAUUUUGAUUAUACAAUUGAAAUAUUGCAUUACAGAAAUAUAAGUGACUAGGCAAUAGUCACAUUAAUGGCCAAAUAGUAAUAAUGGGAUGAAGGUGAAUCACUGUCCAUUUCAUUAUUUUUAAAUCACAGUCAUUGAUAUGGGAAGCAUUACUUAUCUAUUUUUCAAAAUAAACAUUAAUUUGACAUUAAAAAAAAGUGUUUAACAUAAAAUUAAAUGCUUUCCAAUGUUGUGAAAGAAGAAAUGGAUUUUAAGGAUAGAAGUGUUAAAAAUUUAAAUAGAAGUGUUUAUAACAUUUUAAAAUGACAAUCAGCCAGCAAGUGGAAGACAUCUCUACUGACAUUGCCAUUCCACUGAUGAAUAAACUGCUUUGAGAUGGUAGCAGCAGACAUUUGUAGUAAUUUUACUACACAUGCUUUGGCAGCUAAUAUUUUGACUUAAGGUAACAACUGCACAGAACUGAUCAAGUUUAAGACAAAUUUCAUGAUUUCAACAAAUCAUCUUUGAGGCCUGGAGUUUCAAAUCUAACACAAAUUUGCAUUUAUAGAACAUAUUUAAUCUAUUCCAAUGUGCAAAUACAUAGUACCAAAGGUUUUCCAUGAACAGUUGUUAAAAGACAGAACCUCCUGCCUUGACAGCGUGUAUGAACAUAAGGAACUAUGAGGUGUGUGUGUGUGUGUGUGUGUGUGUUUAAAACAAGCUUCUGCUUCUUAACUUUUUCAGGGGAGAACAGAUUAUCAGCAGCUAGUUAGAAACAAGUUGAAAAGAAAUAGGGAAAAAAAAAUCUGGGGGAACAAAAAGAAGCUUUCAUGGUCUUUAUACAUUCUGCCUGUGGAAAUUAUUUGCUUUGAAACAAACAAAACAGUUUUAUCCAAUCUACACAGAGUUUGGCAUUUUUAAAUUUAAAUCUAUAAUAGUUAUUGUGUUUUAGGAAGUGGCUCCGCUUUUAAAGUUUUUUUAAAGUCAUUGCUUCUAACUUGAAUGUGCUAACACUGCUGAAGCUACUGGAUGGUGAUAAUCAAUUAAUUUGUUUAAUUUUAGCGCAAUGGUUAAAUGCUUCUACAUUAUUGACUGCAACAAAUUACAGCCUGGUAGUUUAUCUCUUAACUAUCUGUUUUAAAAUAUGCAUUA